AUGAGCCAAGACAAAUUGCAUUAUAACAAGAAGAAUCAAUCACUAAAAUCAAUUCCGAAAGAUUGUUUUUCAAACGCAUCAGCCCUCCUUUCUGUCGACCUAUCGAAUAAUGAAAUAACCUCAAUUCCAAAGGAAAUCAGUGCGUUCAAAAGUUUGACUCAUUUCCGUGUGAUGGCGAACAGACUGACAUGUUUGCCAAAUAAUAUUGUCACUCUAACAUGUCUCCGCCACUUGGACUUGAACGCAAAUCAAUUUACUUCGUUUCCGGUUCAAAUCAGUAACUUGACAACUUUAGAAGAGUUGCAGAUGAUCCAAAACCAACUCACGGAAAUCCCGGACUGCAUUGGUAAUCUGACAAACCUUCAGAGAAUUUCAUUCACCGCAAACAAUUUGAAAGCUCUUCCAAAGUCACUUUCUAAAUGCACUAAUAUCAACUUCGUCGAACUUACUAGCAACGAAUUCGAUGUCUUUCCCGACGUCAUCUGCGACUUAACGAAAGUCACCAUAUUGAUGAUGCAGCAGAACAAUCUCAAAGAGAUUCCUAUGUCGAUCAAGCGUCUUGAGAAACUAAGUGGCCUCUUGUUGUCCUCAAACCAAUUUUCGACCUUCCCCGAGUCUGUCUGCGAAGUCACCUCUUUAACACAAAUCGAAUUGGACAAUAAUAACUUUGUCGAAAUACCAAAUUCGUUGUCUAAAUUAGUGAAAUUGAAGGCACUUGUACUCAACAAGUCAUUCAUCUCAUGUUUGAAUUCGGUGGAUAUGAUGUCCAACUUGUGUCAAGUUGUACUCUCAGACACGAAAUGUAUGUUCCUCCCGGAUCUCUCAACGAACGCGAAGUUGACUUCUUUGAAUGUCAUUCAUGGUUGUCUGUCCGAGUUGAAGAGUCUUCCGCCAUCAUGUUCAUGCCGUUUUACAGGUAAUGUGAUCGAAGACGUCGAAUUUCCAGAUAACGGGACUUUACAGUAUAUGAUCUUGGCUAACAACAAACUGAAAACAUCGCCGGACUUGUCCAUGUUAUCGAAGAUCUCACGACUGGACAUCUCACAGAACUGUAUCACUUGGUUUGAUGAGAAGACAUGCCACCCAACUCUUCAACAGUUGGAUGUCAGCUGCAACCCAUUAGUCGAGUUCCCGGUCUGUCUCUCCAAAUGUGUUUCUUUGAAGUCGCUCAAUGUGUCAGACUGCCAUUUGUUUGAUGUGCCAGCCGCCGCAUUGUCCACUCUAACGAAUUUGGAAACCCUGUUCUUGGCAUGCAACCAUCUGAGCUCGUUGGAGAGUCUCUCUGUUAUGACAAAGCUUAAAGCACUCUAUUUACAGUCGAAUAACCUCCUCCACUUCCCGAGAAGUGUCUUUGCUCUCGCAAGUCUGAAGACUCUAUUCAUGUCGAACAACCAAAUUACUGUCAUCCCAGACCAAAUCACUCAACUCACCAAUUUGGAGCAAAUAGAUCUGUGCUGCAAUGCAAUUCAAAGCUUCGAUUCAUUGACUAAAGUCCCCUCGUUAAAGGAAAUCGACGUCUCGUUUAAUUUCAUUAAGGCACUUCCAGUAGAUAUUGAGAACUUGAAGAACUUGUGUGCUCUGAAUGUGUUUGGCAACGAAUUGUCUUACAAAGCCAAAUUGCCACAUCUCGAGAAAACAGUCGACUUCUUCCAAGUCCAACAAGUCGUCUUGAAAAAUCCAAAGGAUGAACCAGACACUAACUCUACGGUGUGCGA